GCCUCUCCCCUAUUCUUUGCGUUGUUUUUCCUUCGUCUUCGGCUUUCAGAGAAGACAGAGAAAUAGAAAGAGGGGGAGAGAGAGAGAGAGAGGGAGUCAGGGAGAAACCAACUUUCUUCUUCAUUCUUUCAAAUUUUCAGAGGUAGCAGGUACCUUCGUGCUCUUGAAUCUCACAAUCCCCUUUUUAACAAGAUCAGGUAUUAGCUUAGCGUAACAAAGAUGUCUCCGGCUGAAUCGUCUAGGGAGGAAAGUGUCUACAUGGCCAAAUUGGCCGAGCAAGCUGAACGAUACGAAGAAAUGGUGGAGUUCAUGGAGACCGUCGUCAAGAUUGUGGAUUCUGAGGAGCUUACUGUUGAGGAAAGGAAUCUUCUUUCUGUAGCUUAUAAAAAUGUGAUUGGAGCCAGAAGGGCCUCUUGGCGAAUUAUCUCCUCCAUUGAGCAGAAGGAAGAGAGUAGGGGAAAUGAAGAUCAUGUGGCAGCUAUUAAAGAAUACAGGGGGAAGAUUGAAUCUGAGCUUAGCAAGAUCUGUGACGGCAUUCUACGCUUGCUCGAGUCACAUCUCAUCCCUUCAUCAACAGCUGCAGAAUCCAAGGUGUUCUAUCUUAAGAUGAAAGGAGAUUACCACAGGUACCUGGCUGAAUUCAAGACUGGUGCUGAGAGGAAGGAAGCUGCUGAGAGUACAUUGUUGGCUUACAAGUCUGCUCAGGACAUUGCUCUGGCUGAAUUAGCUCCCACUCACCCAAUUAGACUUGGGCUUGCACUCAACUUCUCAGUUUUCUAUUAUGAAAUCCUGAACUCACCAGACCGGGCUUGCACUCUUGCAAAGCAGGCAUUUGAUGAGGCUAUAUCUGAGCUUGACACUUUAGGUGAGGAAUCGUACAAGGACAGCACAUUGAUCAUGCAACUUCUCCGGGACAACUUGACAUUGUGGACUUCUGAUAUUACGGAGGACGCUGGAGAUGAGAUCAAAGAAGCCCCUAAACGAGAAUCAGGCGAGGGGCAACAGUGAUGAAUCCAUCUUGACUUGAGGCAAUGGCAGAUGAAUACUGGGUUCGGCUAUUCUGAUGGGGCCUUGUAUUUGCCACUUAAGGCUUUUAUUAUAGAUGUGAUUCAGUCUGUUGUAGCAAGGUUUCUUAAUGAACCCAAAAGAAUCUAGAUGGCUUGGUAUUUGUGCUUGGAACACCUCAGCGGAUUAUAGGCUGUACUUAAUUAUUUUGAACCAACAAAUCUGGCUUUAGCUUUCAGCUUUUGUUCCAUUAGUUGAUUCAAUGUUUGUUGGUAUUCACUCUUCGAAGAGAUGGUCUCGUUUCCUGUUACGGUAGCAUGAAGCUAUGAAUAUUCUUUGAUCAAAA